AUGGACGGACACAACAUCCCCUCUAAUGACACCACAGGUGCCGGUGAAGGCCCUGCCCCCAAAAAACCCUGUCUUAUCGAGACGCCUAUCCCAGGGACCCCAGACAACGGCAGCGAUUUCUAUAACACUCCCUUGGCUGCAGGCACACCAGACAUGGGUAUAACCAGCCUAAAUACUGGAAACAGCGCAUUCGAACCCUCUACUUCCUCGAAGCCAAGCCACAUGAUCCCCGGAUUGAACCUUAUUCACCACCCAUCCGGACAAGAAACUGGCUCACAGUUGACCGAACACACAACCAAGCAAGAGCAAGAUCAACCAGUGAACCACCAAGAAGCCGAGACGGAAAUCAAACAAGAGGAAACUCAGCAAAUCUCUCAGCCCGAGUCCACCGAGGCAGUGAUGAAGGAUGAGGCAGAGGCGCAAAGCAAAAGCGAACUCACUGCUCCCCUCGACGAAGCUAUGGAUGUCGAACAAGAUACCCACCAAGGUAAUAUGAUCGAAGCCACUGGCCAGGCUGGUGAUGCCAACGAAGAGGACCACCCUGAGUGGGAGGAAGACUCUUCCCCGUACGAGUCAUCUUCGGACAGCUCUGAUUCCUCGGACUCCGAUGAUAGUGACGACGAAGACUAUCCCAUCCUCAGCGCGGAGGAGCAAGCACAGAUUCUUAUGCGUGCGGAAGGUGGUUCUGACGACGAGGGAGAUGGCAAGGGGAAAUCAGGCGGACAACUGCGGACCACCAACGAGAUCGAACACGAGGUCCUGCCUAUCCCUGACGUUAAGAUCACCCCCGAGAUGAAGAUCGUGUUCCUUGGCAAAGUCCAUGCCGCUAUCGAUAACAAUGUUCUUAUCGAGGCUAAUACCUCCGGAGAAUAUCAAGUGCUUGAGUCGGGCUCCUUGCUCUGCUCCGAUGAUCGCCAGCCCAUUGGUGUAGUAGCAGAGACCCUGGGCAGAGUGGAGAAUCCUUUGUAUACCGUCACAUACGCCACAGCCUCUGAAGUUCAGGAAAAGGGCUUAGUCAAGGGCAAAGAUAUCUUCUAUGUUGAGGGACACUCCACCUUUGUGUUCACUCAGCCGCUCAAGGGCCUGAAGGGAAGUGAUGCUUCCAACUUCCACGACGAGGAAGUUGCCGCCGAAGAGAUGGAAUUCUCCGACGAUGAAGCGGAGGCUGAAUACAAGCGGAAAUUGAAGCAGAAGCGACAAGAGCGAAAGGAAGCCAGAGAAGGCCCCAGAGGCAAGAAGCCAGCCCCAGGACCUUCGAAACUGAACCAGACCGAGCUCAACUACGACGAUGCCGGAGGUGAGGAGGGCUAUACCCCUCUGGCACGCCCUACCAACCUCCACGAGAUGAUGACUCGCGAGGCACCAGUUGAAGGCAACGAGCGUGGCGGGUUCCGUGGCGGAAGAGGCCGUGGCCGAGGUGGUGACCGGGGUGACCGGGGUGACCGUGGACGCGGAGGACGCGGCAGAGGUGGACGUGGAGGAAGGGAGUGGGACCAGGACCGUCGUCCCCAGCAGGCCAGCGGCCCAGCCCACGAGUCUCAGCCUCAGCCUCAACCUCAAGCUCAGCCCGCUGCUCCCUACGGCCAGCCGAUGUACCAGCAGCCUCAGCAGCCAUACGGGAUGCCCCAGUCUUUCGCCCCAUAUGCGCAAUACGCACAGCAGCAAGCCCAGAACCCGCAACAGCCGCAAUUCGGCCAAGGUGGCGCGCAACCUCAGAUGCCCUUCCAAUUCCCUCCAUAUGCGGCCUUCCAACAACAACCCAACUUCCAGAACAUGCAACAGGGUGCCCCUCAAUACAAUCCUCAAUCUAUGGCUAUCUUGCAACAACAGCAACAAUUCCUGCAGCUUCUGCAACAACAGCAGCAGUACCAACAGUCCCAGCAGCAUUACCAACCCCCUCAGCAACAGCACCAACAGCUCCAGCCCCAGCCUCAGCCCCAGCAGCAACAGCACCAGUCUCCCCAGGCCCAAACACCGGCUAUGAACUUUGAUCAAGUUAAAGCUCAGCUGGAUCUGCUGAGAAACCUGCACGGCGGGAAUCAGGGUCCUCCUCCUUCCUGA